AUGGAAGACGAUUUGUUAAGUGAAGCAACCUCAAAACUGUGUUCAAUUCAACUGUUAAAUGCUUUACAUGUAAAGUCAUGCGAUGGGAAAACCGGCAUUUACUUCACAAAGCAUACACCACAACUAAAUGGAAUGUGGGACAUGUUGGUGGCUGGAACGAAUGGAGAUCUCCCAAUGACCAACGAACUCUAUUUUAACUCAAAAGUGCCUGGGAUUUACAUAAACAUUUUGGAUUUGACGGGAAUUCGUGUCAGAGCGUCACUGAAUGAGGAUUGUGUAGCGCCGUGGACAUCUGGAGCUGAAAGAAUGCGUUUGGACAACUUCUUCGGAGCACCAGGUGUUGGGAUUUCUUCAAAACCCAGCCCAACAACGAGACGAGUGAUUUUACAACGAUAUUCGAAACAUCCACGAGGAUUGCCGAUUUCAAAAAAGAUCUUGAGCAUUCCGGACGCUGAAAAGCCGCAUAUGUUUGCUGAAGGGACAAACGCUUUGGUGCUCUAUUUUGUUAAAUCUCCUUUCGAAGUACAAGCUAAAGGAAGCUACAAAAGGAUAUCAGCUGAUUCGAAGCAAGUUUUGAUAGAUCUUAUCGAGAAGAAUCCAAUGCUGAGCACGGAGAGAAUUCAUGAGUUGAUGACGAGAGAACUGGAUGGGCAAAGUGUUCCCGACUUGAAACGGAUCCAAUUCCAACAGAAGAAAUACUUGAAAAGUCUCUUUGUGCAGAAAAAACCAAAACGAAUCGCUGGAAGCCGGAGCAAGCAUUUUGGGAGACGCAACUUGUACCUGAAUCGAAUGUUUCUGACGAGAGGCGAAAAGCGAAUUUGCAUCCGCUGUCCAAAUGUGAGCUAUUCGAGGAAUUCGGGGCGAUGCUAUGAGCACAUUUGGACUCAUUACCUCAUGAGACACUGCGAUGUGCUCGAGGAAUUUCUGAAAGAGGAAAAGAAACGUUUGCAACAAGGAACACCGUCAACGGAGAUCUCGCAACGGAUUCAUCCAAUCGAGGAAAGGGAUCAGCUGUUUCUGGCCAAUCACCAGUCAUCUUCCUUGCAAAUGGACAAUUUCGCAUCUCCGAUCAAUCCAGCUCCAAUUUCUCCAAUGGCUUUUACCAAUUAUCGUCAUAGUUCAAAAAUCGACGUCUUUGAGGAUGCUCCGGAUCAGGAAAACGAUGAACCCAGCUCGAGCUCGCUCUCACACUCGCCACUGAACGCGCUGCUCAUGCAAACGAGUUCGCUGACGAAUCGGAUGGUUCAAUCUCCUCAACCAGGCACUGAAUAUGAAAGUUUCGAGGAGAAAAUCCCUUCCUACUACAUGGAUUUAGCGAGAGGUGUCUCAGUGAAGCAAGCUUUGUCAACUCAUCGAAAAGUGCCGGAGACUGGUCAACUCUUCACUGGCGCUCAGAAACUCGUUCUUGACGGAAUCGUGAAAACGUUAAACGAGCUUCUCCUAAAGUCAGACAAUAAUGGAUUUAAUGGUGAAGAAACGCCAAUCAACGUCCUCCAAUUAUUCCCCGACAUCAAGCCGACCUCCGGAAACGGGUUU